AUGAGGUGGCGGCACAGCCCCCGUCUCACGGUAAAUCAGCCGUUGAGAAAAAUAAUUUCCGGUCAAGGGGCCAAGAACCGGAGCUCGAUGACUAGGAUAUGGCCAAGGAUUAUUCUGAACCACAGCAGGAAAUUGGGAGGGCAAAACUGGAAUGUUAUAAUUUGGAUUAACUCGAGAUACGGUCUGAGGAAACACUGCCUCAGUUUGCACAUCCGCAUGUGUUCGGAAAAUUCGACUCUGUGUCUGAGGCUGAGGAGGAAGUACCAUUAUCCGACCUCGGCUGAAGGGCAUUUCAGUAAUUUGAGUUCCAAUACUGAUUUUGCGGAUACCGGAAGUUGGGUACUCGAGUACCCAACUGAUGAGUCAUAUGAUACUGAUGAGGAGGUAACGGGCCUGGUCCUGGGCCCGGGCCCACCUGGUAGGUUGCCAGAUGUCCGGGCCUGGGCCCGGGCCCACCUGGUGGGUAUUAUUUGGGUUGGCUCUUGCGGUUGGAGGUUGCCAGACAUUCGGGCUGUUCGUGAGAUGGGCCGACUAAUUGCGGGGGCCUUCGUGCAUUGGGCUGUUGCUGGGUUGGCUCUUGUGGUUGGAGGUGGCCAGAUGUCCGGGCCCGGGCCCGGGCCCACCUGGUGGGUAUUAUUAGGGUUGGCUCCUGUGGUUGGAGGUGGCCAGAUGUCCGGGCCCGAUACCGGGCCCACCUGGUGGGGUUGGCUCUUGCAAUUGGAGGUGGGCAGACGUUUGAUUCGGGCUGUUCGUGAGAUGGGCCGACUAAAUGCGGUGGCCUUCGUGCAUUGGGCUGCUGCUGGUUUUGAUUUGUGUUGA